ACGUACACCGCCACACGAGGAUUUCAUCAUCUCUUGUUGAUUGGCGUGUUGAUCUUCUGUUUGGGUGUAGUUUAUCCCGUAUUUCUGGCUAUUUAGGGCGUCUUUCGCAGCGUAGGAGCCGCUAAUGAUUGAACGAUUACAAUACUGAACGACUAAGACUAUUUUGGCGUGACUGAUUGCCGGUGAUCUCACAUUAAACGAGUGAUUUUCAAAUUGAAGGUCGAAAGCUGUUCAUUUACACGACACAGGCCAGCCUGUCGCUCGCAUAGGGGUGUCAAACUUAAUAUUCCGAGUCUAAAUCUAAUCUGCGAUGCCACAGGAAUUCGACAGCAUCGAAAUGCAGAAGGAAGUGGACACGAAAAAUGUUCCCUUCUGGUUCUCCAGCCGACUGGGCUUGGCCAUUAUCGGAUUCUUCGGAACUCUCAUCCUGUAUUCCCUGAGGAUAAACCUCUCCGUGGCAAUGGUCUGCAUGGUCAACCACACUGGGAUAGCCAUCAUGCGGGAAGGGAUGCCUAUUUCCCUCAACGCCACAAUCCCGUACAAUAUCAGUAAUAUGAACGUCAAUGCGACAGAAGCCCCUUGGAUGAGUGAGGACUCCAAGCGUUGCAGUGGGAUGAAUGUCAAUGGAUCAUCAACUGAGAACAGUGCCCAUAUUCGUGAUGGCGCUUUCUUGUGGGAUAAGACGAGCCAGGGCAUCCUCUUGGGCUCUUUCUUCUGGGGCUACCUGAUCACGCAGCUACCGGGUGGAAUCCUCGCGACAAAAUUUGGUGCGAAGCGUACCAUUGGCUUGUUUAUGUUGGCAGCUUCCAUCGCAACUCUACUGAUGCCGAUUGGUGCUAAGACACAUCACAUAUUCCUUCUGGUUCUCAGGAUCAUCUGUGGAUUAGGAUCGGGCGUAUACUUCCCAGCUUUCCAUUUGCUCUGGGCUUCUUGGGCUCCGCCAGCAGAGAGGUCAAAUCUUCUCGGGUUCACAUAUUCAGGUGCUCAGAUUGGUAACAUCAUCACACUACCUCUAGCUGGUUUUCUGUGCAAAUAUGGCUUUGAUGGCGGCUGGCCAUCUAUUUUCUAUGUCUUAGGUACUGCCAGCACAAUCUGGUGCAUUUUGUGGUUGUGUCUGGUCUCCGACAGUCCAAUGGAACAUCCAAGGAUCAGCGAGAUCGAGAAGAAAUACAUUGUUACCUCUUUGAAGGGACAGAUGGAUACGCAUAGGUCUGAGAAACUUGACGUCCCAGUAAAGGCAAUCCUGACGUCUAUGCCAGUGUGGGCCAUCGUCGUGGCCAACAUCUGCUCUGAUUGGGGCGCCUACACCUUCCUCACACAGAUCCCAAGUUACAUGAACGAUGUCCUCAAGUUUGACAUUGCUGUAAAUGGCAUGCUAUCGGCCGUGCCCUACAUUGGCUUCUUCCUCGUGGUUGUGAUCUGCGGACCAAUCUCAGAUCUCCUCAAGAAACAUCAUCUCAUGUAUACAACAAAUGCAAGGAAGUUGUUCAACAGUAUAGCAAGUUUCAUGCCUGCCAUCCUAAUCAUUGUUGUCGGUUUCAUCGACUGCACAAACGCCUCUCUGGCCGUUGCUAUGUUGUCGAUUGGCGUUGCCUGCUGCGGGGCAUUCUUCUCUGGCUACGUCAUCAACCCUGUUGACAUUGGUCCAAGAUACAGCGGUAUUAUCUUUGGAAUCUCCAAUACAUUGGCGUCUGCCACUGGAUUCGCUGCGCCAUACAUGGUGGGAGUCUUAACUGGAGAUAAAUCACGCGAGUCAUGGCAGAUCGUUUUCUACAUCACGGCAGCCAUCUUUGCCGCUGGGGCCAUCUUCUUUAUCAUCUUCGCCUCGGGAGACGUUCAGCCGUGGGCCUAUACCACAGACUACACUAUCGAUGUGUCACUGCCUGAAAUCACUCCCGGAAAAACGACGAACAUUCAGAAUGGCGGUGCAUCACACGAACCAUCCGCAUCGGAUAAACUUAUGGCAGAUCAGAAUAUGCAGAAUGUUGAAUUGGCAUAGUCUUUUCAUCAAUGGUUCAGGGAUUCAUUUUUCUGUUAACAUAAAACCAGUUUGAGUUUUGGUUUUAUUGGUUGUGUUUGUACAAAUAAUUUAGUUAUGUGUACAUAUCCAUGUACAAGCAUGAAGAUGCACAGGUCUUGGCAGGGCCUAUGAUUCAGCAUUAGUGCGUCUUGUUUGCUGCGCUCGGACUCCGUUUCAGGCCUUGGGUAAGCAGAGACUUUGUUCCUUGGAUGGCCACCGUCUUGUACAGAGUCCAUUUGGGGCCUUGGGUGAUUGGAGACCUUGUUCUGCAGAUGGCCUCUGUCUUGUACAGAGUACAUUUCAGGCCUUGGGUGAUUGGAGACUUGGUUCUUCAGGUGGCUUCUGUCUUGUACAUAGUACAUUUCAGGCCUUGGGUGAUUGGAGACUUGGUUCUUCAGGUGGCUUCUGUCCUGUUCAGGGUCCACUUCAGGCCUGAGUGAUUGGGAGACUUGGUUCUUUGGAUGGCCUGUGUCUUGUACAGAGUCAAUUUCAAAUUCAGAGCCAAUCCUGGACCAGAUAACUGUCAUUGUUGUAGGGCUGCCUGUCAAUACAACAGUCUGGUGUUGCAGCAGUAAGUUCAGAGGUCUAUCAGCUGUGAAUUUCAAUGCAUUUUUAGCUCAGCUGACAAGCUGAGCUAUUCAUAUGAGUAAAUGGUAGAAUGAAUGUCCGUCUGUCUGUCUGUCUGUCUGUCUGUCCGUUAAACAGGCACGUUUCAAAACUAUGGCGGAUAGGCGAUAGAUUUUCCCUAUAAGCCAUUUAGACCCUUCAGGACUCCUGAAUAGACCAAGUGUAGGUCCGGCAGGAUUAACAGUUUGGCCACCAGGGGGCAAAAAGCCUAAAUCACAAAACAAUUUUUUGGCGCUUUAUUCAAGCAGAUAGAAGCUUGAAAUAAAGUUGAAAAGGACCGCAUGCAUGUAGGUCUUGAAACUACUAAGAGUAGUUUUGAUUGAUACUACCAGUUGGCGUUACUGAGCCAAAAUCUGUGUUGACCUAGUUUAAGCUUGAUUUGAAUUUCCCGCUCUUGUAUGACUCUGAAGGUUGUGGGUUCCAAUCCCACUUCGGGUCAAUUUUUUUUUUUUUUAAUUUUUACUUUUUUCACUUGUAAAUACAUUUUCUUUACUUUUUUGAAUAAUUUGGUAGGCGGCCAUCUUGGUUUUUUUUUCUAUUUUAAAGCCUUUGCUGUAUCCAGAGUGACAUGAAUUUUAUGGUUGGUGUACAAUAAGUCUCCUUUACAUGAUAUCACAUGGGCUUUCUAUUUGACCUACUUUUCAAGGUCAGCCUGGCUCAGGCACUUAGAUUUGACUAAUAAGUGGCAUAUUUGUCACCAUUUAAAAGUCUUUUUACUUUGGUAUGUUUGCCUGAUAUAUUGACAAAACUGAGGUUGAAAGAGAUCCAUCGGGUACUUUCCAUGUUCAUAUAUUUCAGCUGAGCGCCAGGCCCUUGGGCCUCUUGUUAGUAUCAUUGACAAUUUUUGAGCUCAAGAGGUCUAUCAGCUGUGAGUCUCAAUGCAUUUAUGGUGUAAGAGUCAUGAAAGAUUUUUGAGAGUUCAGGAGUGUAUCAGCUGUGAAUUUCAAUUCAAUUUCAGUGAAAAAAAUCAUUGACAAAAUGGCUUGCGAGGAGAAUAUCUUCAUAUGUAUGUACAUAUGUGAUGAAUCGAAAGAAACGAUGUAUAUUUUUUAAGUCAAUGGUUUAAGAAACUGAGGCAGUCCAUUGGGUAUGUCGAUUUCUCUAGACUAUGCCUGUGGAUCUCUUCUUGCUGUACAUAUGCUAUGCUUGGUGGUUCGUGCUAAGAACGAUCCUAGAAAAAGGCUUACAGGGUUUGGUAAAACUUUCAAACAAUAAACUUCAUGCAGCCUCGAAGCGUAUGAAGCCUUAUUUUCGAUAGUGCAUAUUUACUACUGUUUUCUCCUAUUUAUAUUAUACAAGUAUGUAUUGGGAUCACUUGCUGCUUGUGUUCCCGUAAACCGGUUAUUAUAGUUAGUGAUUUUGUGAAAUUGCAUCUUUGACAAUUUCAUGUUUUGACAACCCUGUAACAGUGAUUUCAAUUCAAAUUCAAUUACUCCGCAUUUUAUUUUACGCCAAUUUGAUUAUCAAGAAAUCAGUAUAUACACAAUAAUUCCCGAUAUCAAAGGGAAGAAAAAAUGUAGCAUUGUAAAAUUUAUGCGUUCUUGUAUAGAAGCUAGGUAUAAAAAUGUAUGCAGUGUAUUCGCAUAAGUAUAUAUUCUAUGUCUGUGUGCUGAUUAUUUCUCAAUAAAAAAAGUUGAAAAGUUACAAAAAUAAUAAUUAUGAAAUUGAAUAAUUAAUAAAGGAAUACUUUUGCUAUCAAGGCUUAGACAUUCUGGGUUCUGGUUCCAUUGGUCCUGAAAGGAUGAAUGUUGUGUAUAGAUAAAAAAUGGAAGUAUACCUUGGGUAUACUUCAGUGAACCAAACUAUGCCCAGGUUCCAAGAGCAUUUUGAGGAUCUCAAAAUUGUUUCGGUCUUGUGUGUGAAACCCAAAAAAAUAUGUAAUGUUUGCUUUUAUGCUUUGCAGUGUGAUUUUUUGUUGAUUGAUUACUUUGAGCUUAUUUUCUGUUAUACUUUGCUUUUCUUGCCUUAGGCUGUAGGUGGAAUGAAAAUUGUAAAAAAAAAAUUCCCGGUAGAUCGAAAGAAGUGAAAUAUUAUGAUUUGGUGCGGGACAUUUGAUUAUUAUUUUGUCGCUCAGUUUUUGUUGGGCACAAUUAUUUGAGGUCAGGAUAAAUUACAGAACUAUCUGAUUUUAGGUCUGUAGUUUGCUUUGUGAGCGUUUUGGCGAUUUUAAAAUGAUUUCCUCUCAAAUUAUUAUAUUCACUUACAUUAAAUAUCAUUAUCACCCUGACAACUCUUGAAUCAGCUUUUUUUGUUAUAGAUAGUUCUUAAACGGAGAGAAUUUUAAUUUAGAGUAGGAAGUCUGUUAGAUCUGCACACAUUGCACUGCCACUUUACAAUUGCAUUAUAGGUGUCUUUUGGGGUAUUUUUGGGGGUUUGGAGCAAACCCUACUAUCAAUGAUCAGGCCCUGGUCUUUUUGCAUUAGAGAUUGCAGCUAAAACCUGCAAUCUGUAAAGUCAUUCUGGGUAACCACAGAACAUGUACAUGACCAAUCGUCAACCUCAAUCAAUGCUGCAAUCUUGUUGCGGGCAAGUCAUGAAAAGUUAGGUGAGAGACAGUAGUGUUAUUUUAUCUAUUGGCUCAAGUGGAAUAAAAUGUCUUAUUGCCAA